AUGGGUGAUUAUGUCAUUGUCAUUAAGAUUCAUCGUGAUAUACGUCAAGGUAUCUUAGGUAUAUCUCAAGAAACCUAUAUCAAAAAAGUUUUAGAAAGAUUUCAGAUGAAAGAUUGUUCACCUAGUAUUGCUCCUAUUGUAAAUGGUGAUAAGUUCCAUUUGAACCAAUGCCCGAAGAACGAUUUUGAGAGGGAGAAAAUGAAAAACAUUACAUAUGCUUAUGUUGUUGGAAGCCUGAUGUAUUCUCAAAAAGCUGCAAAGAAAGUUUUGAGGUAUCUGAAAGGGACAAAGGACUACAUGCUUACGUACAAACGAUCAAAUAGUUUGGAGGUGGUUGGAUACUCUGAUUCAGACUUUGAUGGUUGUGUUGAUUUACAUAAAUCAACAUCGGGUUACAUAUUUAUGUUUGCUAGUGGAGCUAUAUCUUGGAGAAGUGUCAAGCAAAGCUUAACUUCUACUUCCAUUAUAGAGGCUUAG